AUGACAAUCGAGAUAAAGCAUGAAAUAAUCGAAAAACAUGAGAGUGGUGUACGUGUGACUGAGCUUGCUCGCCAAUAUGAGAGGAGUACAUCAACAAAAUGUACCAUCCUCAAGCAGAAGGAUGCUAUAAAGAGCACCAAGCCUUCCAAAGGACUAAUCAUCCUUUCCAAGCUGCGCAGUGAUAUUCAUAACGAGAUGGAGAGGCUUCUUUUAAUAUGGAUAAAGGAGAAACAGUUGGCGGGAGAUAGCCUGACCGAGACGAUCAUCUGUGAAAAGGCCAGUGGAAUCUAUGAUGACUUGAAAGGGAGGCAAGCAGCUGAGAGAGGGGAGACUUCGACGCCAGCGGAAACCUUCAAAGCCAGUCGUGGCUGGUUCGAUAAGUUCAAAAAACUGAUUGGGAUACACUCGGUUGUGAGGCAUGGGGAAGCAGCAAGUUCCGACUUGAAAGCCGCUGCGGACUACGUCAAAACCUUUGCCUCAGUUAUUGCAGAACAAGGAUACAUCCCCCAACAAGUGUUCAACUGCGAUGAAACUGGCCUUUUCUGGAAGAAGAUGCCCAGGAGGACAUUCAUCAUGGCAGAGGAGAAGAGACUACCGGGCCAUAAACCCAUGAAGGACCGGUUAACUCUGGCCUUGUAUGCCAAUGCCAGCGGUGACUGUAAGGUCAAGCCACUGCUAGUGUACCACUCAUAA